UUCUCUCUUCAGCUGCAGUUGCAGUUGGCCAAAAGAAAAAGCUUCUCUGGUUUCGUUCAUCUCUCAAGCGGAUUUGCUGGGCACCAAACCACGUUGAUGUGCGAGAAUUAACUGAAAAAAUGGCGGAAAUCUGGGGAGAAGCUUCGAUGUAAUGGGUAUGGUAUGCUGUGUCUGUGGAACCGAGAGGAGAGAGAGAGAAAUAGAAAGUAGCUUGGUGGUUUCUUUUGCUACUGGAAUCGGAAAUGAAACAUUAGGUUUUGAAUUUUUGUGAACUCCUGGGGUUGGUUGAUGCUUAUUUACUGUAGUCCGCAAUGGAGGUUUCUUUAGCGGCUCUGGAGCGGCCACGACUCGGAGCUUCGAAUACGGUUUUUAAGAGUGGUCCUUUAUUUAUAUCCUCAAAAGGACUAGGUUGGAAGUCUUGGAAGAAGCGGUGGUUCAUCCUUACAAGAACUUCUUUGGUCUUUUUCAAAAAUGAUCCAAGUGCGCUACCGCCAAAGGGUGGUGAAGUAAAUUUGACUCUUGGAGGCAUUGAUUUGAACAGUUCAGGGAGCGUCGUGGUGAGAGAGGACAAGAAGUUGCUGACUGUUUUAUUCCCAGAUGGUCGUGAUGGGCGAGCCUUCACCCUCAAGGCUGAGACAUUGGAGGACUUGUACGAGUGGAAAACUGCCCUUGAGCAAACCCUUGCACAAGCUCCUAAUGCAGCUCUGGUUAUGGGUCACAAUGGAAUAUUUCGGACUGAAACAAACAAUUCAAUUGAAGGGUCUUUCAAUCAAUGGCGAGAUAAGCGUCCAGUUAAAUCUUUGGUUGUUGGAAGGCCAAUAUUGCUUGCUCUGGAAGAUAUUGACGGAAGCCCAUCAUUUCUUGAGAAAGCUCUUCAGUUUCUUGAGCAAUAUGGAAUCAAAGUUGAAGGAAUCUUAAGACAGUCUGCAGAUGUUGAGGAGGUAGAACAAAGAGUUCAAGAAUACGAACAAGGCAAGACAGAGUUCAGUCCUGACGAGGAUCCACAUGUUGUUGGAGAUUGUGUCAAGCAUGUCCUGAGGGAGUUGCCUUCUUCUCCAGUUCCAGCAUCAUGCUGCACUGCUUUGCUAGAAGCUUAUAAAAUUGAUCAUAAAGAAGCCCGGGUUAACUCACUGCAUUCUGCGAUAGUUGAAACAUUUCCAGAGCCGAACCGGCGGCUUCUACAACGAAUUCUGAAGAUGAUGCAUACCAUUGCAUCUCAUUCUUGUGAGAACCGGAUGACCUCAUCUGCUGUAGCUGCUUGUAUGGCUCCGUUGCUUUUGCGUCCUCUACUGGCUGGUGAAUGUGAUCUAGAAGAUGAUUUUGACAUUAAUGGAGAUAAUUCUGCCCAGCUACUUGCUGCUGCUAAUGCAGCUAAUAAUGCUCAAGCCAUUGUUACGGCCCUUUUGGAGGAUUAUGAGAACAUAUUUAAUGAUGAACAUCUUCAAAGAUGCUCGAUUUCUGCUGACUCGCACAUUGGAAAUAGCGGGCCUGAGAAUUCAAGUGACGAAGAGGACAUAGAGGUGAAAGAUUCUGGCUUCCAUAAUCUAGGUGAUGGAGUUGGGCGCGAAACAGACGACGAUAAUGAGGUUGUGCUGAGCAGAAAAUUGAAUGCAAGCAAUGAUUAUGCUGGAAGUGAUCUCUAUGAUUACAAGGGAUUUGGUAUUGAAGAUUCUGAUGUGGAGUCUCCUAGAGACAUCCAUUGUUCUAUUGAGAGUUCAGACAAGAAACAAAACGAAGAACAAAUUAGAGAUAUUGAAAUUUCUAGUGUCUCCCCCAUUAAAAAUUGUCAUCAGCCAAGGAGAGAGAUACUGCCAUCAUUCAACCCUGGUACUCCUCUUACUGCUGGAUAUACAUCAUCAACUGAGACAUCUGCAAGUAAAAUUACAGGCUCCACGAUAGUCAACGGAAAACGUUCAACAUUCUGGGGAAGAGGCAAUGGAAAACAGGCACCUGCAAAUGGGUCAUUCGAUUCUUCUGGAGAAGACGAGCUUGUCAUACAGAAGCUCGAGAUCAUGAAGAAUGAGCUUCGGCAAAGAAUCGCUAAGGAGGCAAGAGGAAAUGCAAUAUUACAAGCUAGCUUAGAGAGAAGGAAGCAAGCAUUGCAUGAACGUCGUUUGGCACUUGAACAAGAUGUGGCCAGAUUGCAAGAGCAAUUGCAAGCUGAGAGAGAUCUCCGAUCUGCACUGGAAGUUGGAUUAAACAUGUCUUAUGGACAACUUAGCUCGCAUGGUGUGGAUUCUAAUACAAGGGUCGAGCUUGAGGAGAUCGCUCUUGCCGAAGCUGAUGUGGCCAGGUUGAAGCAGAAAGUUGCAGAACUACACCACCAACUUAACCAGAAACGCCAUCAUCACUUGGGUUCUCUCUCAGAAACUCAUGGCCAUCAUCAAUAUCUCCAGAAUCACAAUGCUCAGCUGAAGCUUUUUCAGCAGGACUUUGACUCCACUCUUGCUUUUGUUAAUCACGAAAGAAAACAGAGAAUGGAGCAGGAGAGUAUUCUAGGAGUGGAAUGGACAAACGUUAAAGGUCUGGGAUUUGAAGGGGGAAACAAUACACAACCGCCAUAUGGGCAAGUACCGGAAUCAACAGACUUGGUGAGCGUGUCAAUGGACGAAUUCUCUCCAGAAAUUUCUCCGUCUGCACAAUCUGCUUCAAGAGCAGCAGAUAUUACAGAGUACCCGAGGCUUCAUCAUCAUCAUCCAUCAGCAGCAGCAUCUGCAGCGCUUGUGGAGCUAACGACCCGUCUGGAUUUCUUCAAGGAACGGCGCUCACAGCUUAUGCGACAGCUCCAGAAUCUCGACCUCAACUAUGGCUCUUCAUCGUCUCAACCAUUUAUGCACAGACCGUCUUCUUCUCCCCCAUGGAACUAGCCGGUAAAGACAUACCCUCAUUGGUCUAUCUGUAUAUAACAUCCUCGUCUUCUUUCAUGUGUGUCGUGUGUGUGUUUUGGUCUUCAAGUUUUGUGGACAAGCAGACAAUUGAAAGUGGCUUUGAUGAAACCCUAAACCCCCAUUGUAAUACCAUGACAUAUUUGGUAUAUUUUUUAUUUACGAUUUUAUCCCGACGCCA